CUUUGGGAUAAGAAAAAGAAAAACAGAGAGCCAUGACUCACAUGUUACACAUGUCUGAUACCAACAGCGGAGUUUCUCCAUAAAAUGAUAAUCUACACCACAAAGGAAUCAAUCUUUUUCUUUUUUUCAUUAUUCAAAUGAAUUCAAUCCGUGCUUCAAAGACUGUCUAUGGUCGAUUGAUCAGAAACAAUAUACGACUGGCUUCUACUACAUCCAAAAAACCAAGCAAAGUGUUGACUCUUGACACAAUGCAUCCCUUGAUCAAGAAUGUCGAAUAUGCUGUACGUGGUGCUGUUCCCAUUCGUGCUGAAGCAUUAAGUAAGCAAUUACAAACGGAUCCAUCCAAGUUGAACUUUGAUAAAGUCGUGUUUUGUAAUAUUGGAAAUCCUCAACAGUUGAAUCAAAAGCCCAUUACUUUCUUUAGACAGGUUGCAUCCUUGUGUGAGAAUCCAGAAUUAUUGAAGCCUGAAAAUAGACAAUUGGUCUCAAAGCUUUACCCUGCUGAUGCCAUUAGACGUGCAGAGCUCUUAUUAAACAAGAUUGGCAGUAUUGGUGCUUACUCUCAUUCAAAGGGUAUUCCCUUUAUUCGUGAAAAUGUCGCUAAAUUCAUUGAACGUCGUGAUGGAUACAAGGCAAAUCCCGAUGACAUUUUUUUGACUCAAGGAGCUUCAGAAGGUGUCCAAAAGGUGCUUCAGAUGCUGACUGAGCAUAGCAAGACGGGUAUCAUGAUUCCUAUUCCACAGUAUCCUCUCUAUUCUGCCACUCUGUCUCUGGUCGAUGCUAAGCCUGUUCCUUACUUCCUCAAGGAAGAAGAAGAUUGGGGGUUAAACCGUAAGGAUUUGGAAAGAUCUUUACAUGAAGCUAGAAGCAAAGGUGUCGAUGUUCGUGCACUUGUUAUCAUCAACCCUGGUAAUCCCACCGGACAGUGUUUAUCAGAAGAAAAUAUGCGUGACAUUAUCGAUUUCUGUCAUACGGAACGAAUUGUGCUUUUAGCAGAUGAAGUAUAUCAAACCAACAUUUAUCAGCCAGAGCGUCGUCCUUUCCAUAGUUUCAAAAAGGUAUUAAAAUCAAUGGGCCCUGAGUAUCAAGAGCAAGAACUCUUCUCUUUCCACUCCAUCUCUAAAGGUAUGAUUGGUGAAUGUGGUCGUCGAGGAGGUUACUUUGAAUGUGUCAAUAUCGACCCUGAUAUCAUGGAUCAACUCUAUAAAAUAUCCUCCGUCUCUUUAUGUCCCAACAUCCAUGGCCAAAUCAUGGUAGACCUCAUGACGAAUCCUCCAGUAGAGGGUGAUGUCUCUUAUCCUCAAUAUAAGGCAGAAGUGAAUGCUAUUUAUGAAUCUCUUCGCCGCAGAGCCAUCAAGCUUGCUUCUUGUUUUAACAAGUUGGAAGGUGUUACUUGUAAUAAUGCUGAAGGCGCCAUGUAUCUGUUCCCUAGAAUUAGACUUCCUGAAAAGGCCAUCAAAGAAGCCGAAAAGGCUGGUAUGCCGGCCGACGCUUUCUAUUCCUUGGCCAUGUUGGAUGCAACAGGAGUCUGUGUUGUGCCUGGUUCUGGUUUUGGACAAGAACCAGGAACUUAUCAUUUCCGUUCUACUUUCCUUCCUGAAGAACAUCUCUUUGAUCAAUUCUGUUCAAAGUUGGAAACCUUCCACAACGACUUUAUGAAGAAGUAUAGAGACUAAAUACGUGUGUGUGUAUAUUUAAUAAAAACCAUAGAAUUGUAUAAAUGAAAAAAUAAUAUCUUAUUUGGAGCUACUUUAGUCGGACUGACGCGUUUUAUCAUUUUUAAGCAAC